AUGUCCGGCGAAGCGUGGCUCUACCUGCUCGCGGUGCUUAUCAAUGCCGUUUUCUUCACGAUCAUGUACAGUGAUCUGGAGUGCGACUACAUCAACCCGAUCGACCUGUGCAACCGCCUGAAUGCCUACAUCAUUCCUGAAGCUGCCGUUCACGCGUUCCUGACCUUCCUCUUUGUCAUCAAUGGCUACUGGAUCGCGAUCCUGCUGAACCUGCCUCUCCUGGCGUUCAAUGCGAAGAAGAUCUUCGAGAACCAGCACCUUCUGGACGCGACGGAGAUUUUCCGCAAGUUGAAUGUUCACAAGAAGGAAUCCUUCGUCAAGCUUGGUUUCCACCUCUUGAUGUUCUUCUUCUACCUGUACAGCAUGAUCGUUGCUCUUAUCCGCGACGAGAACUGA